AUCAAGAUCUUGGAGCGAAGAGGGAGCGAGCCAGCAACACAUACACACACCAAAAAAAAACGCCAAGACCAUUGGAGAUUUCUAACGACACCUGCAUUAACAGCACUUUCUAACAUCGUCCAGGAUUCAAAAUGCACAGCCUAGUCGCUCUGCGCCUCUACCUGUGGGAGACAAUCGUAUUUUUCAGUUUGGCCGCGGCCAAGGAGGUGCAAGCUGCGAGAUCCGCCGCCAAACCUCCGUCCCCGUCAGACUUUCUGGACAAGCUGAUGGGCAGGACAUCGGGAUACGAUGCGAGGAUCAGGCCGAAUUUCAAAGGCCCGCCAGUAAAUGUCACAUGCAACAUAUUUAUCAACAGUUUUGGCUCGAUAGCAGAAACUACAAUGGACUACCGGUUAAAUAUUUUCCUGCGGCAGCAAUGGAACGAUCCGCGACUGGCUUACAGCGAGUUUCCUGAUGACUCACUGGAUCUGGAUCCAUCCAUGUUGGAUUCUAUUUGGAAACCAGAUUUGUUCUUUGCUAACGAGAAAGGAGCUCAUUUUCAUGAGAUUACGACAGACAACAAAUUGCUGCGAAUUUUUAAAAAUGGUAACGUCCUCUACAGUAUCAGGUUAACACUGAGCCUCGCUUGUCCUAUGGACUUGAAGAAUUUUCCGAUGGAUGUGCAAACCUGCAUAAUGCAACUUGAAAGCUUUGGAUACACUAUGAAUGAUCUGAUAUUUGAAUGGGAUGAAUCUGCUGCUGUACAGGUAGCUGAUGGACUAACUUUGCCACAGUUUAUUCUUCAAGAGGAAAAGGACCUAAGAUACUGCACAAAGCACUACAACACAGGAAAAUUUACUUGCAUAGAGGCACGUUUCCACCUGGAGAGACAGAUGGGUUACUACUUAAUCCAGAUGUAUAUCCCUAGUCUUCUUAUUGUUAUCCUCUCCUGGGUCUCGUUCUGGAUUAACAUGGAUGCAGCUCCAGCACGUGUUGGUCUGGGAAUUACCACAGUGCUUACCAUGACUACACAGAGCUCAGGAUCCAGAGCAUCCCUACCAAAGGUGUCCUAUGUAAAAGCCAUUGACAUCUGGAUGGCUGUCUGCUUACUCUUUGUCUUCUCUGCACUAUUGGAAUAUGCAGCUGUUAACUUUGUAUCUCGUCAACAUAAAGAGCUACUGAAAUUCCGCCGGCGAAGGCGUCUGCAUAAGGAGGAUGAGGUAGUAGAAGGGCGUUUCAGUUUCACUGCUUACGGGAUGGGACCUGCUUGCCUGCAAGCUAAGGAUGGAGUUGCCAUUAAGGGCAAUAAUAACACAAAGUCAAAUUCACCUCCGGCCAAAACGUCAGAUGAAAUGAGGAAACUUUUCAUUCACCGAGCAAAAAAGAUUGAUACGGUAUCACGAGUGGCUUUCCCUCUUGUCUUCCUGAUUUUUAAUAUUUUCUACUGGGUGAUCUAUAAGAUCGUGAGGAGUGAAGAUAUCCAUAAAGACUAGGUCCUGAGAAAGAGAAAACUCCACUGCCAGGAAGAAUAUCAUCAUCUGGCACAUGAGCAAUGCAGGAAAGCAUGUGUAUAUUGGAAUAUGGCAAUAUGUAAAGAAAAGAAUUUCUAUAUAUGGUCAGUCUGAAGGGAGGUAUCCUUAUAAACUGGAGUACAGAUGCAUUACAGAGGAGAAGAUGCAGUCAAAAAAUCUUUCAUAUUAAAUAUAUUAUAUAUAAAAGGUUCAUUAGACUCCUCCAUGUGAUCAUUUGAUCUGUAUAAAAUCUGAAAAAACGGAAUGACUGUAUAAUAUGAUAAACCUCAUGUGCUUGAUCUGAAAUGUUCCACUCAAGGUCACACCAGUUUUUUAAAAAUUCUGUCUUGUUCCCUGUGUAACAUUUCUCAGUGUAGUCUUCAUUCUUAAGGCAUUUUGUGUCCUGUUUAAAUCUCAUUAAUAUAGACUUUCUAUCUCAAUCUAAGUAAACAGUUUCAUUUUGAACCUUGUAAACUACUCUUAGUACUACGUCAUAAUAGUACUUCAUCAUAGCUGCUACAGAACACAACAACCUCGUCUCCAAUCUAGCAACAAAGGACUAACACUAGAAAGGAUAACAAGUUGCUCUAAGUGUGUGCAUUUUAAAUUCAUGAAUAUACGUUAAUUAAAAGGAAAGUACUUACAUUUAUGUGGCAGCAUUCGCAUCCUUUGGGAUGUCCCAAACCACCAAGCAUCGACUGAAUUACUCUUGCCUCUUGCUGUAUAUGUAUCAUUGUUGGAUUGUAUUUCAGUCAAAGGUUAAGGCACCACCACUGAACUGUACUGAAACUGCCUUAUUAGUCUUGCAGCAGGAUUACAUUUGAUGUAUCGUACAAUCAACAACAUCAGGCAAAUUUCAUUAAUUUAUCCAGUGGGAGGCGAGGGAUUAUUUUACAAAAGGGAUACUGAACAUGAUGUUGCCAUUGAUCCUAAAACAAGAUGGAUGGUCACUAUUGGUCAAAUCUUAGAAAUUUAUUUGCUAUUAACGACAUGGUAAAAAGAAUAGAAGCAUGUUAUUGAUUCAUUUCAGCUAAAUAAAUUGCCGUUGAUCAAAUAUAAGAGAUGUCCAUUUGUAUUUAAAGUAGUAGAUUGAAAUACUGUGAUUGAUCUGCUUUCAAGACAUCAAUAUUAUCGAUCUUAAUCAAAUAAUAAGUAUCAUAACUUGUUUUGGUGCAUUUUAUUGACUAAAGAUCAACCCAUUAGGAUUAACUCUAUUUCUUGAUAAUGACUGAUCAAGAAUUUGGAUAAGUAAAUGAGACUAGCAUUCCCCUAUCAAAACAUGACUAUACUGGAAUAUAUUGCAUUAAAUCCACACUGAGUUUUUUGGAUUUGAGUUUGGAUUUAGGAUCUUUAGCAACUCUCAAGAUCAUUUCAUUAUUUCUGUAGGAUGACAGCAUACUGUGAUAACAAAUGUUAAAUUGUACGUCAGUGCAAAACUAUUAAUUUUAAAAUGAAGGUUACAGAUGUUGGUUGAUGUUCAACAGGCUUAUAUGAAAAGUUGUAUUACAAUUGAUCGCAGGCCAUCCACUUAAGGAAUGCAUGGACCAUGUGAAAUAAGUGGCAACACCAUUAACAGGAGUUCUAAAAGCACAAAGCUCCUUCAAAGUGGCUCAUUAGACUAAGCAUAGCUUUCAAUUACACACAUGGUUAUAAUCAAACUGAGUGAGAAAUAUAUUAGUUGAGUGGAUGUCAAUAAUUAGCUGUGCCAAAAUGUAUGGAAUGCAAAACAAGGGAAUCGUUAAAAGGAAUAAUUAAGAAUUGGUGUAACCUUAAUUAAUCAUUUUAAAUUUCUUAGCUGAAACCCAUCAGCACGAAGUGAAGUAAUUUGCAUCAGGCAGAUUUGUUUCACUUAUAUACAGUAAUAAAUCCUGUACAUUACACUUAUGUAAUUUUUGCAUGAAUACGUGAUAAACAGAAUAUGAGAUAUUUUUGGCUUGUAUAAAUGAAAUAGUAAUCUGCCCAUUGCUAAUUCUUUGUUUUUGAAGAGAAUGUAUAAUUUAGGCAAUCUCUGUAUAUAAAGAUAUAUUUAUGAAUUCUG